GAGUGUACCGAGCUUGUGCCGAGUACAGGUCUGAGUGGAGGUGUCAGCCACCAGCCGGUAGCUGGAGCCUGAAGCUCUGGAGAGAGGUCUGAGUUAGAAGUUGCAAAGUUAGGAGUCUGCAUGGAAAUGAAAUGGAUGCUGUCAUCGAGGGAGAGAUCUAUGUAAAGCCUAAAGGGAAGGGGCCGCAGGGCCCAGCCCCGAGGAAUCCUGGGCUCCCUUCCUGGGGAGACAGCAGAAGGCUAAGCCUUUGGUUUGGUGGGGAGCAGAGAUGAGGCAGGAGCUGCAAAAAGGCUGGUGUUCAAAGGAAAGUUUUGGGGAUUUUUUUAAGAUGAGAGAAAAAUUCAAUAGGAGAAGAUCUAAUCUUUUAAGCAUGUAAUAAAGCAAAGUAUAGUUUUUCAUACACAUGAUUCUUUGUAUACAGUGUUUUGAUUUAAUUAAACCAGACACGCCCCCAGGGCUGCCCGCCCGUGCGCCUGUCGCGGCAUGGUGAUUACGCUCCUGUGGUCCCUUCCCUCACCGGUCCCCCACAUUCCUAACGACACGUGGACAGACGAGGUACAUGGACAGCUGCGCUGCGGUUGGCAUUCAGGCUUUUGCCUGUGGGGUGACGGCUGCUUUUCCAAGGGUUUGGUGAGCAGCUACCUUGGGGAUCGGUGGCUGCCCUGGAGGGCGGAUCUGGGGUGUAUGUUUCUCUGUCUGUUUGGCUGGGUGAAACCUUCUCUUUUAGGGGCCUUGAGCAAGUUGCUUCAAAACUGUAGCACUUUUAUUCUGCCUUUGAAUUAGUGGAGAAGAAGCCUUUAUAAACACACUUCUUCGGAAGGGGAUGGAGGAUGGUUGGGGGCGGAGUGGAUGGGACCGGAGGGAGGGCAAACAGAUACCAGCCAAACAAAGCAUCUGCUUUUAUCAAAAGUGCUGUGUUGGGGCUUAGACAGCCUGAAGCCUGAUGAUUCACUGAUGCCAGACCCUCUGAGCCUGCCAAGAGACACAGUGGCCUUGACACGGUUUUUCUCGUCCUUACUCUAUUCAGCUUGGUGAGCUGCUGCCAAGUGAAGAUUUCAGCAGCGGCUUUAAGCGUAAAGCUGCCACUAACAUUCUGCUGAGCACAGGUCCACCCGUGACCACGUCGAGUUUUCACCAGCCAGUGCCACUUCGUAUCAGUAGUCUUGGGUUCUGUGUAGACUCACCAUAGUGUCAUAUGGAGGCUAUUUAAAUGGCACUGUUUUAACAUGAUUAGGGAACCUGCCUGAGGAGGCGGUUUAAUUGCCAUUCUUUUAAUAUAUGUCAUGAACACAUUAAUCAGGCACUGCUGUGUUUUCAAAUGAGAUAGAAACUGACUCAUAGGAGCAGGAAUCCGCUGCUGAAGGGAAAGCGGCAGGAGUUUUAGAAAUAACCAGAAUCUCCGGCAGCUAGGGAGGGCAAUGUGCCCUGGUCGACCGACAGUCUCCUCUGAGCUGUAGGAAGGAAAAUCCCCCAAGGCGAGGGAUGUGAUAGAGAAGAUCUCAUGGCCUAAGUCUCUGAAGGGGAAACAGAGUUCAAGACAGCAGAAAACAACAUGUUCACCACAGUCUGAAGGAGGAAGAGGGAUCAGCAUCUUCUGGACCCCACUCUGGAAUAUGUGAAGUUCUCCAAGGAGAGGCACGUCAUGGACCGAACCCCCGAGAGGCUGAAGAAGGAGCUGGAGGAGGAGCUGCUGCUGAGCAGUGAGGACCUGCGCAGCCACGCCUGGUACCACGGACGCAUCCCCCGACAGGUGGCAGAAAACCUCGUGCAGCGAGACGGCGACUUCCUGGUUCGAGACUCCCUGUCCAGCCCCGGAAACUUUGUUCUGACCUGUCAGUGGAAGAACCUUGCUCAGCACUUCAAGAUCCACCGGACGGUCCUUCGGCUCAGCGAGGUCUACAGCCGCGUGCAGUACCAGUUUGAGAUGGAGAGCUUCGACUCCAUCCCUGGCCUGGUGCGCUGCUACGUGGGCAAUCGCCGGCCCAUCUCCCAGCAGAGUGGAGCCAUCAUCUUCCAGCCCAUCAACCGGACGGUGCCCCUGCGGUGUCUGGAGGAGCGCUAUGGCACCUCCCCCAGCCGGGCCCGGGAGGGCAGCCUCGUGGAGGGAAGGCCAGACGUGGCCAAGAGGCUGAGCCUCACCACGGGCAGCGUCCAGGCCCGAGAGCUGAGCUUGCCCAGAGGAAACCUCCUCAGAAAUAAAGAGAAGAGCGGCAGCCAGCCAGCCUGCCUGGAUCACAUGCAGGACCGACGAGCCUUGUCCCUCAAAGCCCACCAGUCGGAGAGCUACCUGCCCAUCGGCUGUAAGAUGCCCCCUCAGUCCUCAGGCGCGGAUGCAGGCCCCUGCCCAAACUCGCCUGUUUUCAGGACAGGCAGCGAGCCCACACUGAGCCCAGCGGUGGUUCGGAGGGUGUCCUCGGACGCCAGGGCAGGGGAGGCGCUGAGGGGCUCGGACAGCCAGCUGUGCCCCAAGCCGCCCCCCAAGCCCUGCAAGGCACCCCUCCUCAAGGCGCCCCCGUCUCCAUCCCCCUGGCUCAACUCGGAGGCCAACUACUGUGAACUGAACCCAGCCUGUGCCCCGGGCUGUGACGGGGGAGCAAGGCUGCCCCUUGGCGCCCAGGACAGCUACGUGGAGCUGCUGACAGCCAAGCAGAAUGGGACAGCAGGUCCCCGGAACUCGGGCACCAACUACUUAAUUCUUGACGAAGAUGACAGGGCAAGGGCUCAGGAGCCACCGGCAGCAGCGGAGACAGACAGGGGGCAGGACAGCGGGGAUGAGUUUGUGAGGCCCCUCCUGGAGACCACCUCCUCGUUCAGGCCCAACGACUUUGAGUCGAAGCUCCUCCCCCCUGAGAACAAGCCCCUGGAGACAGCGAUGCUGAAGCGUGCGAAGGAACUGUUCACCAGCCACGACCCCAAGGUCAUCGCCCAGCACAUGCUGAGUGUGGACUGCAAGGUCGCCAGGAUUCUGGAAGUCUCUGACGAGAUGAGGAAGAACAUGGGCGUGAGCUCGGGGCUGGAACUCAUUACCUUGCCUUAUGGCCACCAGCUGCGUCUGGACAUAAUUGAAAGACACAGCACCAUGGCCAUCGGCAUCGCCGUGGACAUCCUGGGCUGCACGGGCACCUUGGAGGACCGAGCAGCCACCCUCAAUCGGAUCAUCCAGGUGGCUGUGGAACUGAAAGACUCCAUGGGGGACCUCUAUUCGUUCUCGGCCAUCAUGAAAGCUCUGGAAAUGCCGCAGAUCACGAGGUUAGAAAAGACGUGGACCGCACUGCGGCGCCAGCACACCCAGAGCGCCAUCCUCUACGAGAAGCAGCUGAAGCCAUUCAGCAGGGUCUUGCACGAAGGCAGAGAGUCCACGUGUGUCCUCCCAAACAAUGUAUCAGUCCCUCUGUUGAUGCCUCUCGUGACCUUAAUGGAACGGCAGGCUGUUGCUUUUGAAGGAACUGACAUGUGGGAAAAAAAUGAUGAAAGCUGCGAGAUUAUGAUGAACCAUUUGGCAACAGCCCGACUCAUGGCAGAGGCUGCCGGCAGUUACCGGCUGAAUGCCGAGAGGAUCCUGGAAGGUUUCCAACCGGAUGAAGAAAUGAGUGAAAUCUUCAAGACUGAAUUUCAAAUGCGGUUGCUAUGGGGCAGCAAAGGCGCACAAGUUAACCAGACGGAGAGAUAUGAGAAAUUCAACCAGAUUUUGACUGUCCUCUCACGUAAACUGGAACCUCCUCCUGUAAAGCAAGUGGAGCUUUGAUAGCUCUCCCCAGAACCUUAGGGUGUUAUUUCAAGCUUCUCCAGUUUCUGCUUUGGAAAAGCUUAUCAUUUGAAAAAGUAAUAAUGUGCAAAUCUGACAAUAGACAAGCUUUUAGUAUCCACAGGAUAUUAAACAUGUAAAUUGCACACAGCACACUUAUUUAUGAAUUGUUUAAAAUUACUACUGAUUUUUAAAUAAGUAAUUUAUUAUUAAGGUAACUGUUGCUAAUGUUGAUCCGCAAAUUCAAGAGCAGACCUAGCUAUGUUGACUGGUUGCUUUCUAUCACCGAGGGAUUUGACCAUUUCAGUUUUCAUUCCAUGUCAGGAAAGUGUACAUAGAAAAGAAUUUAAAAGCAUGAAACAUUUCCGAAGGUAUCAGUUGUAUGAUAUUCUUUAAA